ACGUUGGACAAAUGUCAACGCCAGGACUCUUCAUGAUCAUGUAGCACUGGGACCGACCGUGGUGUGAAUGUUUACAUUUUCCAAUUUACAAUGAGGAGUUUGAAUGCCUCACAUUGCGGGACUUCAGUAACACAUUGGGCCUCUUGUUCAUCUUUUUCUUUGGGCUCGUCCCGUUAGGGGUCGCCACGGCACGCCGUCCUUUUCCAUGUAAGCCUAUCUUCUGCAUCCUCCUCUCUAACACGAACUCCUUCCCUCACUCCAUCCACUCCAACCUUCUCUUUGGUCUUCCUCUCGCUCUCUUGCCUGGCAGCUCCAUCCCCAUCACCCUUAUAUUACCAAUAUACUCACUCCCUCUCUCCCCUGGACGCGUCCAAACCAUCGAAGUUGCUCUCUCUGACUUUGUCUCCAAAACAUUUAGCCUCGGCUGUCCCUGUGAUGAGCUCAUUUCUAAUUUUAUCCAACCUGGUCACUCCGAGAGCGAACCUCAACAUCUUCAUUUCCGCCACCUCCAGCUCUGCAUCCUGUUGUCUCUUCAGUGCCACUGUCUCUAAUCCGUACAUCAUGGCUGGCCUUACCACUGUUUUAUAAACUUUGCCCUUCAUCUUAGCAGAGACUCUUCUGUCACAUAACACACCUGACACCUUCCACCACCCGUUCCAACCUGCUUGGAUCCGUUUCUUCACUUCCUGACCACGCUCACCAUUGCUCUGGACGGUUGACCCCAAGUAUUUCAAGUCCGCCACCCUUGCUAUCUCUUCUCCCUGUAGCCUCACUCUUCUGCCUCCACCCCUCUCAUUCAGGCACAUAUAUUCUGUUUUACUUCAGCUAAUCUUCAUUCCUCUCCUUUCCAAUCCAUGCCUCCAUCUUUCUAACUGUUCCUACACCUGCUCCCUGCUUUCGCUGCAGAUCACAAUAUCAUCUGCGAACAUUAUGGUUCACGGGGAUUCCAGUCUAACCUCAUCUGUCAGCCUAUCCAUCACUACUCCAAACAGGAAGGGGCUCAGGGCUGAUCCCUGAUGCAGUCCCACCUCCUCCUUAAAUGCCUCUGUCACACCUGCAGCACACAUCACCACUGUUCUGCUGCCCUCAUAGACGUUCUUACUAUUCUAACAUUACUCUGUGCCACUCCAGACUCCAUGUAGCACCACAGUUCCUCUCGGAGUAGCCUGUCAUAUGCUUUCUCUUGAUCUACAAAUACACAAUGUAGCUCCUUCUGAACUUUUCUGUACUUCUCUGUCAACACCCUUUAGGCAUGCACCUGUGGUACUCUUCCUAGGAAUGAAACCAUCCUGUUGCUCAAAAAUACUCACUUCUGUCCUGAGUCUAGCCUCCACUACUCGUUCCCAUAAGUUCAUUGUGUGACUCAUCAACUUAAAUCUCUGUAGUUCCUACAAAAGGUUUUCAAAAAGGCUUUUGUUUGCGUUAAAAGGACAGUCAUGCUACAGAUACUAUAUACUCCAGGAGCAGACUAGAAAGACAGACAGAAGACUUAUAAAGAACCUGUACUGCAACCAAACAGUGUGCAAAAGACUACUGGAUGAUUUAAUAAAAACAGAUGCUAUAGGAAGAGAAGUUAGAUAAAUAUGCCAUUUUCCCCCAUUACUGUUUACAUUGUAUGCAGAAAUGUUCAUCAGGAACUCUAUGAUCUCUUGAUACGGGUAUGAAAGUGGAUUGAAUUUAUGUGAAAUCUGUGAGCUUUGCAGACGAUAAAGCCUGAGUCAGCAACACAGAACGAGCGCUAAAGCAGGAUAUUAGACACGCUUAAUGAGGAAGCAAGUGAAAUUGGAAUGAAGAUAAAACUUCCCAAAAAAAAAACACCAAAAAAAACGAAGGUAAAGUGCAUAAGAAGGAAGUGAGGAGAACCUUUCAACAGGACUUUAGAAAAUGACAGAUUGGAAGACGAGCAAUUUUAAGUAUCUAUGAUGCAUAUUAUCAGCAGAUGGAACAAUCCACAAAGAUGUUAGCGUCGAAAGAAACAGAAGGGUGGUCACGUCAAAAGGACUGUCCGAAGAGCUAAGUAUCAGACUCAUGAAUAGCUUUGUCUGGUCUGGUGCCUUAAGGAGCAGAGACAUGGACAGUACAGAAGAUAUGAUUGAUGCACUGGAAAUGUGGCUUUGGAGAAGGAUGUUCAGAGUGAUAUGGGAGAUGAGGAGAACAAAUGAAAGUGUACUGCAGGAAGCUGGUGUGGAAUGAGAACUGCUGAAAACUCAAAUGUGGCGAGGACACAUUAAAAGGAGACGUACACAGUCAUUGAAGGAAAGCUGGAAGGGAAACUGGAAAGAGGAAAAAGAAGAGCGAGCUGGGAACUCUCGGGGGAGGAAGACCAUAGGGUACGGAGAACUGAAAAGGAUGAUAGAAGAGAGCGAGCGAUGGAGGAUGUCAGACCUGUAGGAGGACCUGCCCAUUAAGGUAGCGCACUGAAUAAGAAGUUCCCACAACUCUGCACAUCACCCUUGUUGUUAAAAAUGUUCACCAGCACACUCUUCCACCAUUCCUCUGUCAUAUUCUCACCAGACCAAAAACUCCACAGUCACUUCUCAUAGAUGCUGCUAUACCCAUGGGCGGAGCCAGGGACCCCAACGGUCCCCCCUCACUAGUUUCGGGAACAAUCGUGGGAGAUAGUUGGUGUCGUAAGUCACCUUGUCUGUCACCUAUGAUUCAUGGUGAUUUAUAAUAAUGCUUAAUUGAUAUGUCUCACUAAUAUUAGUCAAUCUACGCAGAUGUGAAAGAAUAUAUAACUGUGAAUACUUUUAUAUUGUCUGUCUACAUGUUGCCGCACCAUUUGUGUUCAAUCCAUUUCUUAAAGGGCUUAAUCACCACCUAAUAUGUGCAAAUUAGCCUUAGCAUUAAGAUACAAUACAAUACAAAUACCCAAGAUGUAAUUCUUUGUUUUAUGUUUAGUUUGACAGUAAACGUGGCAUUAAACCGCUUGAAAACUUUUUUUGGGUGAAUUAUUCACUAUUUGCCAAACUGCUGCUUAUUGUAAAGCAUGUUGUGUUGAGUUUGCCGCCACCAUACAGCGCUCGCAUCUCAAGUCUAUGCUCGCCAGCACAAGCAAAAAAACAACGGCUCGUAUCUAGAAAAACACUUAUGUUAAGUCACUCAUAUCUCAAGGCACCACUGUGCAUAGUUAUCGACUUAGCAUAAUUAUAGGCACAAUUAUGGAGAGGAAAUGGGGAGAAAAAGUCAGCAAAUUGAAUGGUGACACUGCCUCAUAAAGUCUCCUUGAAAUCAACUGCUUGUCAGAAUAGUUUUUUUAAUUACAAAAAUAUUUUUUGUGCAUCUAGCUAUGCCAGCGACGUGUAGUGACAGACAGAACAAUUACAUGUUCUUCCAUUAGAGGGCAGAAAGUAAGAUAAACCUGCGUAUCCACCUGUUGCCAUCAUACAACAGAAUGUAUCAACUUUGCAUUCAGUUCAACUGAGUACGUCAUUUGAGACGAGAUCGUCAUUAUUUCAGUACAACACUUCCGUGUUGCGAGGCGGAAAAGCCCGCACAUGGAGAUUUUCGCAUAUCAUACGGCGCGACAGUGACUGCCCGAAACCUCUAAGCCGAUCACAGCGCAGCUUGUUACUUGCUGGCGCGGGGCCCCACAGUAAACAGGAAGCAAAUUAGGGCUUUAAUCUUUGACAUUAAACCAGUUAGCGCUUCUUUGAUUUCACACUAUCAAAGUGACAGCCAGUUAAUGCUGCGUUGAUGUUUUUGUUUUGUUUUCUCCUCACAUAAAUGAAGUUGAUUUUUCCGUCUUUGAAUAGUGUAAUGUGUAGGGGUUCGUCGCAGUCUCCGUUGGCGUUUUUAAAAAGACCUCGCGUGUUGUGUUUGUGUGCGGCUUGUAAACGAGAGAUUCGCUGGGUCACAUGUUUUAGUUUUUUGUUUUGUUUUAGCUGACAUCCAGCUGAAUAGGCGAAAGCACCAGAGAGCAUGUGUGAAUAGAAGCAUUGUGGGCUGCUGCCUGCGUGUCUGGUUUUGUGUACGUGUGUGUGUGGCCUCUGCAUCCUUUUCUCCUCUGCGUCGCUUGUGCCACACGCACUCUCCAUCAUCGCUGCCUGCUGGCUGACACGCUGCGUGGACGAGCAGGAGGACAUUACCGGCGACAGCGAGCUGUCCGCUUGUCGACGCCCGCCGCUCGCUUUCGACUGCCCACGGCGGUGACCGUAAAACAACAACAACAAAAAGUCCCUACCAUGCCCCAGCCCGGCAAAUCCAGAAAUGCCCCGCCGGCGUUGCGCUCGCAAACGGGGGGCCCAGCUGGGGAUGAAGAGGAGCGCCGGGUUGAUGUGGGGGACACGGGACAGGACAACCAAGGAGACGAAGACAUCAUGAAAUCUCCAAGUGAUCUCAAACAGUACAGGUACAUUGUGCUGGACAACGGGCUGCGUGCUCUGCUCAUCUCGGACUACAGCGGCCCGCCCGUAUCGGAUGACGAAGAGGAGGAAGAGGAAGGUGGUGAGGAGGAGCAGGAGGAGGACGAGGACGAGGAGGAGGAGGAGGACAAUGAAAUGGAGGAAGAGUCGGAUGAGGGCGGCGACGAGGACGAUGAUUGGGAGUGGAAGAAGAAGAGAGAGAAUGCCGAGAAGCAGUCUGCAGCCGCUCUGUGUGUCGGAGUGGGCAGCUUCAGUGAUCCCACUGACCUCCCUGGCCUUGCCCACUUUCUGGAACACAUGGUGUUCAUGGGCAGCGAGAAGUACCCCUCGGAAAACGGCUUUGAUACCUUCCUCAAGAAGCGCGGCGGCAGCGACAACGCCUCCACCGACUGCGAGAGGACCGUCUUCCAGUUUGACGUGCAAAGGAAAAGCUUCAAAGAGGCGCUCGACAGGUGGGCUCAGUUCUUCAUCUGCCCGCUGAUGAUCCGAGAUGCCAUAGACAGGGAGGUGGAGGCCGUCGACAGCGAGUACCAGCUGGCCAAGCCGUCCGACUCGCACAGAAAGGAGAUGCUGUUUGGGAGUCUGGCCAAACCGGGACACCCCAUGGCCAAGUUCUGCUGGGGGAACGCGCAGACUCUGAAGCAAGAGCCCAAACAGAAGAAAAUCAGCGUCUACAAGCAACUGCGAGCCUUCUGGAAGAAACACUACUCUGCACAUUACAUGACCCUGGCUGUCCAGUCCAAAGAGAAACUGGACACGUUGGAGAAGUGGGUGCGAGAGAUCUUCAGCAAGGUGCCCAACAAUGGCCUUCCCAAGCCGGACUUUUCCGACAUGCUGGAUCCCUUUGACACGCCCUUUUUCAACAAACUAUACAGAGUCGUCCCCGUUCGGAAGGUGCAUGCAUUGAAUAUCACCUGGGCGCUUUCCCCUCAAGCGAAACACUACAGGGUGAAGCCUCUUCAGUACAUAUCGUGGCUGAUUGGCCACGAAGGCCCAGGAAGCAUCCUGUCGGUGCUCCGGAGGAGGUGCUGGGCUCUCGCUCUAGUGGGAGGCAACAGCGAAACCGGCUUCGAUCAGAACACCACCUACUCCAUCUUCUCCAUCUCCAUCACGCUCACAGACAAAGGUUUUCAGAACUUCUACCAGGUGACCCACCUGGUAUUCCAGUACCUCAAGAUGCUGCAGUUACUUGGACCUCAGAAAAGGAUAUACGAAGAGAUUCAGAAAAUCGAGGCCAACGAGUUUCGCUAUCAGGAGGAGAGCGACCCUAUAGAGUACGUGGAGGAUGUCUGUGAGAACAUGCAGCUGUUCCCCAAGGAGGACUUGCUGACAGGAGACCAGUUGAUGUUUGACUUCAGUCGCGAGGUGAUUGGCGCAGCGCUGUCCCUGCUCACCCCCGAGAAAGCCAACCUGAUGCUGUUGUCACCAGAACACGAAGGCCGCUGUCCCCUCAGGGAGAAGUGGUUUGGAACACAAUACAGCGUGGAAGAUAUCCAGCCGGAGUGGCUGGAGCGCUGGAUGGGAAAUUUGGAGCUGAGCAGCGACCUUCUCCUUCCUGCCGAGAACAGGUUCAUUGCCACUAACUUCACCCUGAAGCCUUCCGACUGCCUCGACACAGAAUUCCCUGUGCGCAUCACCAACAGCGACAGAGGCUGCCUGUGGUACAAGAAGAACAACAAAUUCAAAACUCUCAAAGCCUACAUCAGAUUUCACCUCAUCUCUCCUGUAAUCCAGCAGUCUGCUAAGAAUGUGGUGCUGCUUGACCUGCUGGUCAACAUCCUGGGCCACAAUCUGGCCGAGCCCGCCUACGAGGCCGAGGUGGCCCAGCUGGAGUAUAAAUUGGUGGCGGGCGAGCACGGGCUGGUGAUCAAGGUCAACGGAUUUGACGACAAACUGCCCCUGCUGUUCCGCCUGAUCGUCGACCACCUGGCUGACUUCAAGGCCCCUCCCGACGUCUUCAGCAUGUUCUCAGAGCAGCUGAAGAAAACCUACUUCAACGUCCUCAUCAAGCCAGCCAAGCUCAACAAGGAAGUGCGCUUGUUGAUCUUGGAGCACGGCCGCUGGUCCAUGGUGGACAAGUACCAGGCGCUCGUGGCCGGCCUCACCGGCGACGAGCUGACGGAUUUCGUCCGCGGGUUCAAGGCCGAGCUGUACGCCGAGGGCCUGGUGCAGGGCAACUUCAGCAGCCACGAGUCUGGAGGCUUCCUGCAGUAUGUGACCGACAAGCUGCAGUUCUCCAAGCUGUCGGUGGAGGUGCCGGUGAUGUUCCGAGUGGUGGAGCUGCCGAGGCAGCAUCACAUCUGUAAAGUCAAAUCUCUCAACAAGGGAGACGCCAACUCUGAGGUCACAGUCUACUACCAGACUGGAUCCAAAGACUUGAGGGAGCACACGCUGGUGGAAGUCUUAGUGAUGCUUAUGGAGCAGCCUUGUUUUGAUUUCCUUCGCACCAAAGAGACGCUGGGGUACCACGUCUACCCCGCCUGCAGAAACACUUCGGGCAUUCUGGGUUUCUCCGUCACUGUGCAGACGCAGGCAUCCAAGUUCAAUACAGAGCUGACGGAGUUAAAAAUUGAAGAGUUUCUCGUUUCGUUUGGAGAGACGCUCGACGCGCUGAGCGAGGAGGCCUUCAACACUCAGGUGAGCACUCUGGUGAAGCUGAAGGAGUGUGACGACACUCACCUGGGCGACGAGGUGGACAGAAACUGGACCGAGGUGGUCACACAGCAAUACAUGUUUGACCGGCUUAACAGAGAGACCAAGGCCUUGAAGCAGAUGAGGCGCGGUGAGCUGCUCUCCUGGUUCUUCGACCACCGAGGACCCAACAGCCGCAAACUCAGCGUGCACGUGGUGGGCUUCGGCGCCGAGGAGGGCGACGGGCAAAACGACGACCAGGGUGGGGGACUCCCCGCCCAAGGCGAGGGGUCCGGCGGCUCGGCUUACGGCGAAGUGUCCAGGCUCACCAUCCUGGCGCCCUCGCCCAAGAUGGCGGCCGCCACGCCCAUCAUGGACAUCAAUGCGUUCAUUCGAGAGCUGCCCUUCUUCCCCUAGCAGUGGUUACUAGAGAGCUGAACUGCUUUUUGCUGUGGAAUGCAGCGUGCGAACGAAUACUUCAAUGUGUGAUGAGUGAAGUAGUGCGACUUAAUAAAAGAAUCACUUUUGCGCAUUGAAACCUGCACUU